AUGUUAAUCCAAGAUUUAUCUUUUCGACAGAUCAAAGAGCGUAGAAGCAGAGGGUUUUUGUUCGAAGGAGGCAUGUCUGUGUUGGGUAGAUGUUACCUGAGGCAAAGGCCGUUCAUGGUACUGGCAGAGAAGGUAAGUUAUCCGGCUUUCUCUUGUUCUCGCAGACUGUUCCAUGUCUCUUCGCUCAUCAAAAACUAUGAAAGCGAAAAGACGACACUAGAUGAAAUCGCCAAAAGCUUGCCUCAAAGCGAUGUUGAGAGUUCUCAAAAACUACGUAACAUUGGUAUCUCUGCACAUAUCGACUCCGGGAAGACGACAUUUACCGAAAGAGUUCUUUUUUACACUGGACGGAUCAAAGCGAUUCAUGAGGUUCGAGGCAGAGACAACGUCGGAGCUAAAAUGGAUCACAUGGAUCUAGAGCGUGAAAAGGGUAUCACCAUCCAAUCGGCUGCCACUUACUGUUCUUGGGAUAAAGACAAUGAAAGCUAUAGAUUCAACCUAAUUGAUACGCCAGGCCAUAUUGAUUUUACCAUUGAAGUUGAGAGGGCCUUGAGAGUUCUUGAUGGUGCCGUUCUUGUUGUAUGCGCGGUUUCUGGCGUUCAGUCUCAGACUGUGACUGUUGACAGACAAAUGAGACGUUACAAUAUUCCGAGGGUCACAUUCAUCAACAAAAUGGACCGCAUGGGUGCUAAUCCUUUCCGCGCCAUUGAGCAGAUUAAUCAAAAGCUUAAAAUUCCUGCUGCUGCAUUGCAAGUUCCUAUUGGAGCUGAAUCCAACUUGAAGGGUGUGGUAAACAUUAUCGAUCGUGUUGCGUUGUACAAUGAGGGUGCCAAAGGUGAGCAAAUCGUCUCGGGACCUGUGCCUAAUGAAUUAUCUGAUCUUGUCGAGGAAAAAAGAGCUCUGUUGAUUGAGACACUUGCAGAUGUCGAUGAUGAGAUCGCCGAAAUUUUUCUCGAAGAGAAAGAACCCACCACAGAGCAAAUUAAAGCUGCUAUUCGCCGUUCCACUAUUGCAAGAAAAUUCACACCGGUUUUAAUGGGCUCAGCCUUAGCAAAUACCGGUAUUCAGCCUGUUCUUGAUGCGAUUGUUGACUAUCUUCCCAACCCAUCAGAAAUUCUGAACACGGGUUUGGACAUUUCUAACAACGAAGCUAAAGUAAAUUUGGUUCCCGCAAGCCAGAUGCCUUUCGUCGGUCUCGCUUUCAAGCUAGAGGAAGGCAAAUACGGGCAACUUACUUACAUUCGUGUUUACCAAGGACGCUUGCGCAAGGGUGGCUACAUCACUAACGUCAAGACUGGUAAAAAAGUCAAGGUCGCCAGAUUGGUGAGAAUGCACUCCAAUGACAUGGAAGAUGUUGAUGAGGUUGGUUCGGGAGAAAUUUGUGCAACAUUUGGUAUCGACUGCUCCUCUGGAGAUACCUUCACGGAUGGCUCAGUGAGUUACUCGAUGUCCUCCAUGUAUGUUCCUGAUGCUGUGAUUUCUCUUUCGAUCACGCCUAAGACCAGAGACUCUACCAAUUUUUCUAAGGCACUAAACCGUUUCCAGAAAGAGGACCCAACUUUCAGAGUACGCUUCGACCCUGAAUCGAAGCAAACAGUCAUCUCUGGUAUGGGCGAGCUUCAUCUUGAAAUUUAUGUCGAGCGCAUGAAACGUGAAUACAAUGUGGAAUGCGUAACUGGCAAACCUCAAGUUUCUUACAGGGAAUCAAUUACCAUUCCUGCGGACUUCGACUAUACCCACAAGAAGCAGUCAGGUGGUGCUGGACAGUAUGGUAGAGUUAUCGGUACACUGGUUCCAAUCGAGGGCUCUAACGCAAAUUCCUUUGAAACAGCCAUUGUGGGAGGUCGGAUCCCAGACAAAUAUUUGGCUGCCUGCGGUAAAGGUUUUGAAGAAGCUUGCGAAAAGGGUCCACUUAUCGGUCACAGAGUACUUUCCGUUACAAUGCUCAUCAAUGAUGGUGCAAUUCACGCUGUUGAUUCCAAUGAACUGGCUUUUAAGACUGCAACGAUGGCAGCCUUUAAACAGGCCUUCCUUACAGCCCAACCAGUCAUUUUAGAACCAAUUAUGAACGUUUCAGUCACAUCUCCAAAUGAGUUUCAAGGCAACAUCAUCGGCUUGUUGAACAAACUGCAGGCCAUGAUUCUGGACACAGAGAAUGGACACGAUGAGUUCACGAUUACUGCAGAAUGUCCCCUCAACACCCUAUUUGGUUUUGCUACGUCUCUGCGUUCUUCGACUCAAGGAAAGGGAGAAUUUUCGCUCGAAUUCAAACACUACGCUCCGGCAUCUCCGCAGUUGCAAAGACAAUUGAUUGCUGACUUCGAAAAACAGCAGCAACAGAAAAAAUGA